AUGGAUUCGUUUCGGUGGUUUUCCAUGGUGACACUGGUGACGUUGGUAGUGUUUGGAGUCUUUGUUGAAUGUGAUAACAGUUUCUAUACGAACUCCACACAAACGCUUGCCCGACGGAAAAGGACACUGAUUUUUCAUCCCAUUUCGAGAGGGAUUUUUCGUGUUAACAUUAAGGAUGGGGUGGCAGACAACUCCACGAUCUGGGCACACGGUAUCGGGUUUCGUAUGAACAUUGAGUUCUUCAAUCCACCUGGCCUGAAGAUCACGCGCCGAGAUGUGCAUCAAUCGCUGGAGAGCAUGAUAAUGGCCCAUGGAUUCGAUGGCCGUGCCUGUAUUCUGCGCACGUUCUGCGAGGUCUCGAGGGUGAUGACACCGAAGAGUGGCAUUCUGUUCAAGCUGUUCAAGCUAGUCUUCCGAUCCAAUGGCUCCGGCUCUGAUGACAGUUCCAUCGGUUCUUCAAACAGUUUACCGGAGGGUGACGAUGAGUACUUCCCGUACCUGACUGCCAACGAUUGCAAGGAGCUCGAUCGCCACUGUCCUAUCACACAGCUCGACAUGGAUGGUGUGACUACAGCAGCAACGGAGGAGGUCAAUGAAGCGGGUCGGACGAAUUACUAUUAA